AUCAAAAAAAAAAAAAUUAUAAUAAUAAUAAUAAUAAUAAUUUUUAUUGACAAUAUUUAAAAUUAUGCUAUUAACGUUGCAUGUUCAAGAGUUUUGUGAGAGAAGGGCCAUUGUUUUGAAGUGGAACUCGGUUUCCCGGCCACUUGCCACAACAUGGCCCCAUCGAUAUCGAUGUGCUUUGACCUUUAUGUAUAUGUAUAUGUGUAAAUGAGUGUAUUGAUAUUAAAGUCUAAAUCGUUUGUUUUCCAUACACGUCUCAAUGUUUGUGAUCGGCAGGAGCCUCUGGUCGAUGAGCCGCCGUCGGCUGGGCUGUGGUCUGUGGAGCUGUCGCAGCCUCAGUGCCGCAGCCAACCAGUGCGGCGCCCCAGUCGUUGCCAAUCGUAUCCUGGCAGCCGUUGACUUCGACAAGACGAUUGUGGAGCGGGACUCGUAUCUGACCAUCAGUGAACUGCUGCCGGCCGAGAAGCGCGGCAAGAAACUGGAGGAUCUGGUGGCCCGUCAUGGGUGGACGUCCUUUAUCGAGACCGUUCUGAAGCAGUUGUUCUGCGAGCACAAGGUGGACUCGACGGCGGUGGGACGGUGCGUCCGGCUCAUGGAACCGGUGCCGGGGAUGGUGCGACUGUUGCGGCGACUGGCCAGGGUGCCGGCCCUGGACCUGUGCAUCAUUAGUGAUUCCAAUUCGUACUUUAUCGGCGAAUGGCUGCGUGACCGGGGCAUCGAGGAUCUCUUCCAUGCCGUCUACACCAAUCCGGGCUGUGUGCAGGCCAGCGGUGAGCUGUUGGUGCUGCCCUUCGAGGACCAGUCGCAGUGCGACCUCUGCCCGGCCAAUCUCUGCAAGGGUGCUGUGCUCCAGCAGUUGAUGGACACCGGGCGCUACCAGCGUGUGGUAUAUGUGGGUGAUAGCUGUAAUGAUUUGUGCGCCAUGCAGCGUCUACGGGCCGACGAUGUGGCCUGCAUCCGACGCGGAUACGAGCUGCACGGAAAGAUGACCGCCCACGGCAAGGACCUGUGCUGCAAGGUGAUCUCAUGGCGUACGGGAUACGAGCUGGAGGACAAUUUGCUAUCCAAAAUGCUAGCUUGAUUAUUAAUGCUGCUGUUUUAUUCGACUUAAAAAUAGAUCUUUCCAUACGUGUACA